UGCUCGUGUCAAACGGUCGUUUCGCGAAUGCGUGAAUUGUGUUCACAUCGUUGACGUCGUGCGUAAAAAAAAUGGCGCAAUCGUCAUCAGAAGGUUCCGCAGACGAGGAAGAAAUAUUGAGGAAUUUCGAUGAAGAGGCCAACGUUAUUGUGCCAGCCGAAAUGAUAUCGAGGAAAUCUUCCGAUCGGUAUCUUCUAGUCUACAACACCUACAAGACAUGGCGAGAAGAAAAUAAAAAAUCUCUCUCCAGCUCAGAAGAAAACUACCUGAUCAUUUAUUUUCAAACCUUAAAAGAAAAACUUAAACCGCCAACUUUGUGGAGCAUAUGGAGCAUGCUUAAAAAAACGUUGAAUAUAUACGAAAAGAUUAAUAUUCAUCAUUUUCUAAAAUUAAAAAGUUUGAUAAAAACGAAUGCCAAAGGCUACAAACCGAAGAAAGCUUGCGCUUUAAGAUGGAAUCACAUCACAAAAUUUAUGGACGAGGCUCCAGAUCACACGUAUUUAGCUAUGAAGGUUAUACUCAUAUUUGGAGUCUGCGGUUGCCUAAGUUGUGACGAAAUCACAAAUAUGAAGGUCAAAGAUGUAGAAGACCUAACUGAUAAAUAUCUUGUCUCAAUAAAUUACAACAAGAACGACCACGCUGGACAAUUUAUUAUUGGAAAUCUUUUCUACGACACAGUCAAGAAAUAUAUUUCAUUGAGACCAUCGGACGAAUUCAGCGACAGGUUUUUCAUCAAAUACGCAGAAGGCAAAUGUUUUCCAACGGCGAUAGGAAAACAUAAGAUCGGAGAAGUCCCAGAGAAGAUUGCCUCCUACCUAAAUCUACCCGAUCCAAAAAAAUACACCGGCCACUCCUUUCGCAAAACGUCUGCGACGCUCCUUUCCGAUUCUGGUGCCAACAUGCAAAUGGUGAAGCAGCUAGGAAGAUGGCGUUCGGACAUGGCCGCACAGGGGUGCAUUGAAAAUUCCAUGCACAAUCGGGAAAUGAUCUACAACGGUAUCAUUGGAAACACUGCGACGACAGACAACCAUUCAAUGCCAUCUACCAGCGCACAGAACACCGCCGAACCUGAAAAUGACGACUCCGAUCUUCAUGUUAAUUGGUCGGAUUUUGAUGAAGACUUCACUUUCAACGACGGUGAUCCCACUCCAAGUACAGUUGUAAAAAGCGAUUUCGAAAAUCAAGCGAAUGUUCAGCCACCGACACGUGGAAAAAGGAAAAACGACGAAGAUUCGGACAACCAAAACAAAGCAGCUGUUCAGCCACCAAUUACGUGUAAACGAAAAAAAAACGAUGAAGAUUCGGACAACCAAAACAAAGCAGCUGUUCAGCCACCAAUUACGUGUAAACGAAAAAAAAACGAUGAAGAUUCGAGCCAUCAAAAUUUCAACGGUUUAAAUUCAGCACUGGAGAACGAACAAUUACAAUUUUCUAAUUGUACGUUCAACAACUGCGUUUUCAACAUCAAUUUAUGUAAUUGUAAUAAAGAAAAUCGGUCGUGAAA